AGUGAAGGAUAACUAAGAAGUAGAGGGAACAAGAUGGGUAUGUACCUUGGGGAGAAGCCAAGACAGGAGAAUACUAACCAGCCGCAGCAUUAACCAGUUUAGCAUUAAGCGAGUACCAAAACCACAAGAGACCGGAAUUGACAUCAUUCGAUGAUAUCGACUACGAAAACUAUGCUGAAGUUAGUUCAGCCAGAAAGUCGAUGUUGAGAGAACAAUGGAUUAGAAACCAAUCGUUGAAGGUGACCCACGAAGCAUUAAGAAAAUGUAAGCAGUACCACGAACAAGAUGCCCAAAAGAACUGCAGACCGUUAGUGUUGAAAUACAUGAAGAUGCUUGAAAGUUAUCCAUUAGAAGGGUACUUGGGCUACCAAAAGAACGAUCCUUCCAAGUAAUCCAUUGAUACAUACAGCCAUCAAUCAUAUCAAUCAUAUCAUAACCAAUUAUAACCAAUCAUAAUCAUAACCAAUCAUAAUCAUAAUCAAUCAUUAUCAAUCAUAAUCAAUCAUUAUCAAUCAUAAUCAAUCAUUAUCAAUCAUAAUCAAUCAUUAUCAAUCAUUAUCAAUCAUAAGCAAAAUCAAUCACAACCAUAAUCAACCAUACACAUUGCCACUACGUCCAUUAUGUCCAUAC